GAGAGAAGAACGAGAAGGAAAAUUAGGAAACAGAGUCGAGAGAGGGAGAGAGAGAGAGAGAGAGAGAGAGAGAGAGAGAGAGAGAGAGAGAGAGGGAGAGAGGGUUUGAUCAUUAAUCAGGUGAAGCAGAGAAGAAGAGAAGGAGGUUUUGGUAAGGUUGUUAAUGGCGAUUUCAUUGAUGGAGAAAAUGAGUGUUCAGAGGUUAGAUAACGAAAGGAGGAGGAUGGUAGAGUUUACGUUGCACUGAGCUAUAUUUAGUAGUGAAGCGUUAUUUUAGGUUAGUUUCUUUAUUUGAGAGAUUUAUUGCUAUUAAAAAGGGGAUUUAAGGUGGAGGUUGGCUCUGUUGAACGAUCGCAGCGAGAUAGAGGAACUUGAGAAAGGGAAAAGAGAGAGACAGUGUGGGGAGAAGGAAGGAAGGAAGGAUGGAAUGGUCUGCUUGUUUAGAUGAAUAUGAGAAGCUUGUCAUUCGAAUGACCACUCCAAGGGUCGUGAUCGACAAUGCCGUUUGCGAUACUGCUACCCUGGUCAAGGUUGACAGUGCAAGAAAGCAUGGAAUCCUUUUGGAAGCCGUUCAAGUCCUCACAGAUCUGGACCUCUGUAUUAAAAAAGCUUACAUCUCCUCCGAUGGCAGAUGGUACAUGGAUGUUUUCCACGUGACGGAUCAAAACGGAAACAAACUCACCGAUGAGAGCGUUCUCAGCUAUAUCGAGCAGUCUCUUGGUACCUGUAAUUCGGUCAGAUCUAACGAUUUCAAGGGCCUAACGGCAUUGGAAUUAACUGGAACGGACAGGCCAGGUCUCCUCUCUGAGGUGUUUGCAGUCCUCGCUGAUCUUGAAUGCAAUGUUGUGGAAGCCAAAAUGUGGACUCACAAUGGACGGAUUGCGUCUUUGAUCCAUGUUAAGGAAUGUGAUUCUGGGUCCCCAAUCGAAGACUCUCAGAAAAUCAAUAGGAUUGAAGGGCGUUUGAGAAAUGUCCUCAAAGGAGAAAAUGACAUCCAAAGAGCCAAGACCGAAGUUUCCAUGGCUGUCACUCACACAGAACGCCGGCUUCAUCAGAUGAUGUUUGCAGACCGUGAUUAUGAGCAGAAAUCAACAAUGAUUUCGACGGAAACCACACCAACUGUCUCAGUUCAGAAUUGGGCUGAGAGGGGUUACUCCAUUGUCAAUGUACAAUGCAAAGAUCGGCCCAAAUUGUUGUUUGAUGUAGUGUGCACCUUGACAGACAUGGGAUAUGUAGUCUUCCAUGCCACACUUGACACUGCAAGCAAUCUAGCAUAUCAGGAGUUCUACAUUAGGCAUACGGAUGGUACCCCAAUUAGUUCAGAAGCAGAGAGGCAAAGAGUUAUUCAAUGCUUGCAAGCAGCUAUAGUAAGAAGGGCAUCCGAGGGUGUAAAGCUAGAGCUAUACACAAUGGAUCGACGGGGUCUGUUGUCAGAUGUGACCCGAACGUUCCGAGAGAAUGGGCUGAACGUGACGAGAGCAGAUAUCUCUACUGCAAAGGAUAUGGCUUUCAAUGUGUUCCAUGUAACUGAUGCAGCUGGUAAUCCGGUAGAGCCAAAGACAAUUGAAGCUGUUCGAGAAAAAAUUGGGUAUAGCAACCUAAAAGUGAAGGAAACGCCACUGAUUUAUCACAAGGCGGUUAGGGAUGAGAGUUCGACGACAAUGAUGGGUACUGGUGGGGCUGUGCUAUUAUCCUUGGGGAGUUUAGUGAGAAAGAAUCUAUACAAUUUGGGAUUGUUCAGAUUAAGAGUAGGAAUGAUAAAAUUCCAUAUUGUAUUCAAGGAUGAGAAGGAGAAUUGGGUUGGCAGAUUCCUUACUUCAGCUUUGGGUUUGUGUACAUAUGAAGCAAUAGGGAAAGGAAAGAAAAGGGGUGAGGAAAAGGAAGUGAUUGUGUUGGUGAUGUAGUUUGGAUUUUUGUUUGAUUGAGAGAGGUAGAUAGGGAUGAGAGAAAGGUUGUAACCCAACUUCAUAACGUUGCAAUCUAUUUCCUUUGGAAGAAGGGAAGAAAAGGCAAUGGGAUAGUGGGGAGAGGGUGGGGACAGAAAAGGAAAAGGACUUUGGCUGGAGAGCUCUUGACUUCUUCCGUUCACAUUUGCUGCCAAAGGAGAAGAAGGAAAGUUUGAUAGAGGAAGAUGAAAAGGAAAAUCCAUUACCUUAGAAAAAUUUAGAUUCAGUAUACGACAGAUACACCCCUACCUGUACAUAACCGAUUUGAUUGUUACUCUUCUAGGUAUUAAUUCUAAUAGCUUGACCAGAUUUGUAUAAUCUCUUCUCUCUAUUCACUUGUGGUUUAAAUGUGAAGCUUCUUUUGUGGUGAUAA